AUGAAGGAUCGCAAUGCAGCAGACAACCCAUACCGUUUCGACAUUGCCGAUAACGCCAGGCAAGUUGCAGAAAAGUCGACUGUCCUCAUAACUGGUUUACCCUCCCCAAGGAUCGUCCAGGACGUUUAUAAUUCUAUCUUGGAUCACGGCACACUACCCCAAUUGUCAGAUGAGCGACUUUUCAUCGACUGUUCUACGAUCGACCCAGUUUCCUCUAGAGAAUUAGGAGAUAUGCUUGACAAGACAAACUGUGGGCAUUUCGUGGACGCACCAAUGUCUGGUGGGGUUGUCGGAGCCUGUGCAGGCACAUUGUCUUUCAUGUUCGGCUCACCCGAGAAUUUGAAGGAGCAAGUUGAGUCAGCCCUUCUACUGAUGGGAAAGAGUGCUCGCCGCAUGGGCGACCAGGGAGCUGGCGUGUGCAGCAAACUAGCCAACAACUACAUCCUAAGCAUCAACAACAUCGCCGCGGCUGAGGCGCUGAACAUGGCUCGGCAGUGGGGACUUGAUCUUCGGGCGCUGUCCGAUCUCAUCAACCUCAAAUGGCUAUGCACCCGGGGUACAGUCAACAUCAUCAAGAAGGACCUCGAGCUGGCAAUGGCCGGCGCGAAAGCUUCUGGAGCGUUGCUACCACUGGCUGAGAAGGCUCAUGAGGUAUAUCGCGCGGUUGAGGAGGCGUACAGUGGCAAGGAUCUCUCUGUUGUAUAUCAAUGGUUACAGAACCAGGCGUAA